AUGCUCGAAAACUGUCAACGACAUCACAUGGUCCUCGGACUGGGACUACUCACACUGGUCACAAUUGUGGUCCUAAUUGUUGAGUCCCGUUAUGCAGCUGACGGCCUGGCCAGACGUCGCGAACAGCAAUUCGUCAUAGAGAAUAAUUCGACGUGUUGGCAAAAUGAACCAUAUACCAUUAUCCAGGAGUGCCAGCCAUGCUCCGAAUUCGAUAUUGUCAGUCGGAGUCUGGGCGUAUGCAUUCACACCCAUUACAAGGAGGUGCUACGCUGUAAAAGUGGUGAAAUUGUCACCAAAAGCUGUGAUCGAGUCGCCCUCAUUGAGCAACGAAAUUUCAUAAAAUUCGAAUCAAUUGCAUUUGUGAUCGGUGUCCUUAGCUAUCUGAUAAGCUAUGCCCGGGAUCGGGUAUUAUCGCGACGUACAUAUAUGAAAAUUGAAAGGCAAUUAAAUCGGGUGAAGUAGCCAAAAGAGGGAGAAGGCGGUGGAGGAGGAGGAAGAGGGCAUCAGCAGUCAAUCUCAAGGAUACUCACAUCUCUGUGUAGAUACUUUAGUUUUAUUUAGUUUCCGUCUCUUUUUUUUUUUGUUUUAUUUCUUGUUUAAGUACAAUUUAAAUACCUUUGUUAAAAUUCAUAUACUAAUAAGAAAUAAUAAUAAUAAUAAUAUAAUAUAAUAA